GAGAAUUUGUAGAUAUAUUUAAAAAUGUAGAAAAUAAUAAUUUUGAUGAUUCACUUAUCUGCAUUAUUUACAUUAUUUUUUGUCAGUGUAGUUGACAGCUGUCUGUUAGUAGUGUUUGAAAGUCUAAUUUUGUUUAUUUCUUAAAUUAAAAAUAUUUUUGAGGACUAUUUCUUUGAUGGCUGAUGAAAGUAUUAACUCUAGUCCACGGAAAUUGAAUAACUCCAUACACAAAUCACGUUUACAUCGAAGACAUAAAAGGCUUAACGUAACUGCAGAAUCGUCAUGUAACCAUGAAGAUGAGGAAGAAAAUUUAUCCUGCACACUUUUGGUAAUGUAUGACUCCGACGAGACUAUUCAAGAUUCUAAUAAAAAUAAGUGUCCGCGCAACGAAAAGGCAAUGCCAAAAGUGAAUAUUAGUUACGAUCCAUUUGCUGAGCAUCGUCUUCUUGUCCUUGCGGAUCCGAGUAGUGCAAUGCCUAGCAGCUCUCGCCUUUUUAAAGCCACACAAGGUUUUGAGCCCUGCAAUAAUUUUUUAUUUGAAUCUCUCGAACAUCGAGAAGACAAAAUUAGUGAAAUCAAUUAUAAUAAGACUGAUGCGUUUGAAAUCACAGAUUCUGAGUUGCUACACGUAUGCGAAGAAACGGAAAAGAAAACCAGCGAUUUGUCAAGUAUAAAACAAUUUAAAAUGGAUGAAGAUAAUUCGCCUACAACACCGGAGCCUAAACGAAAAACAAAGUCGAUAGUAGAUUUAAUACUUGAAGAUUUCUGUGGUUCGCCACAAUCUCCAGAACUACAGCAGUCCUCGGAGGAGAGUAACUUAAAUUUCCGAUUUGCUAAUAAACCAUUGCGAACGUACAGCAGACAUAAACACGAAAACGUAAUGGCACGUCAAAAUAUUGCUGAGCAAUAUAACAAGUCCACCAAUAGUGUUGCACAUUGCAUCCCUAAUGAUGAUUUGCUAAGCUAUGAUUCAUCUACCGACCUUUCGGUGCAGGAGGAUCAAACUCAACUUAUACCUGUGAAAGAAGAAGUCGUCUUAUUGCAAAAUUCACAGAGUUUAUGCGAAAAUUUACAAAAUUUGAGCGCUUAUUUUACUGAGUUGUCCGGGGGGAGAGAUAAUAGACAAGAUACAUGUAUGGAAUUUGUAGACCAUCAAUUAGCGGAAAACAACUUAGGAAUAAGGACAAUAGCAGGAAUAGGUAGCUCGGGCGUAUUUUUCACAGCGAACAAAGCAGAGAAUGAUUGUACGCAGUUCGAAGAAGAACUAGUAUUGGCGGAAACGGAGAAACAAUUUAAUUUAGAAAUAAAGCCAUUAGCAGAGAAAAGUAGUUCGGGCAUAUUAUUCACAGUGGAUAAUGUAAAAGAUGAUUGCAUCCAGAUCGAAGAAGAACAAGUGCUACCGGAAAUGGAGGAACAACUUAGAACCAGUCCCACUGGACAUAUUUCAAACGAAGAAGACUUUAAAGGCUUUAGCAGUGAGGAAGAGGACACUAGCGUCGAUUGGGGACUCACAUCAAAACAAAACUGUGAUAGAUUAACACCUAACGAAGACGAUACAAAUAAUGACGAGCAAAACGAUGAAUGGUAUGAUGAAUGUGAUAUAUUUGCGAAAUUCGAUAUGGGUAUUGCCUUGGAUGCGGCUUCAUCAUUCAAGUUAGACAAAAUUGAAACUUCAGAAGCAAAUCAUACGAUGGAUACUAACGCAUGUAAUUUUGAGCAAAGCAAUGCAGAACCAAAAUUAGGCUUUCGAACUGCCUCCAAUAAAGAAGUUAAAAUAUCUGCUGAAGCUCAAGCUCGUGCGACGUCCAUAUUGAAAAAUCUACCGCCAUUACCAAUAAAUAGUAGUUUUGACGAAGAGUUACCUGUGGAAGAUGAAGAAAUUGAAGAUUGUCAAAAUGUCAUGAAUCGAACAAUAACCAUUUCUAAGACGACAAGUGAUGACUUAGUUGGCACCUCAGUAAAUCCGUACGUUGUCCACAAUAAUGUCAAUAUCCAAUGUAAAGAAAUGUCGGACUUUGGCGGGUUUACCGCGUUCUCCCAUAAAGUAAUCACAAUUUCAAAUGAAGCAAAGCAGCCGGUAGUGCCUAUCCUAAAGACGCUAACGCCACUCCCACAUGACGAAAUCUGUCUAAAAAAUGAGGCUACUUCAAAAAAUGACUCGACUAGUGAAGUGUUAUGCAUUGGCUUUCGCACAGCUUCAAGUAAAUCAAUAAAUAUAUCCAAGGAGGCACAAGAACAAGAGUUCAAAAUACUAGAGCAACUGCCAAAAGAUGACAUGGAAGCGGAGCUUGAUGCGAAUAAAUUGACUGGAUUUCCCACUGCUUCAAGAAAAACGAUACAAAUAAGUGAUGAUGCUAAAAAACGAGCUGCGCGCUUAGUAGCAGACGUGAUGGAAUAUCAAAAAGAAAGUGCUGAGGAUGAUGUUAAGCGAUCUUUAGAGAAUUUACAAUUUAGUGAGUGGCCUGUAGAAGGGGAGGACGAAGAGAAUGGUGAUGAAGUAUUGGUGAAUAAAAAAAUGGCUAAUGCAAACACUGCAAAUGAAUGCAAAAUAAAUCUUCCAGGUUUCUCGACGGCAUCUAAAAAAGCGAUUGUAAUAUCGGAAGAGGCAAAGCAAAGAGCUGCUAGUAUAUUAGAGCGCUUACCGGAGCUGCCUGUCAGUGAAAACUUGAAGGCUGAAAAUAUCAAAGAGAAUUCAGAAACUAAAUCGUUAGAUAAUUUGCUGUUUUCUGAGUGGCCUAUAGGUCCAGUUAUCGAUGACUUAGCCGAUAAAAACGAAGCAGCAUUGAAUGGUUUGAAUAAAAGAAAACGUAACGAUUGCGAUGGCGCACAAAAUGCACGAAUAUCAGCAUCUCCGUCUCAAACACCAAAAUUCAUUUGUAAAUCGAUUUGUGGUGAACGCAGUCCGUUAGCUCACAUACAAACGACCAUCCCGCAUUCCAGUUUGAGCGAAUUGGCAGUUAAAACUCCGCCAGAUUAUCGCGCUAGUCGUGGUAUAAUAGCGCGUAAGAAUCUGUUGUCCUUAAAUAAGAGUAACAAAGUGAAGGCGAAAUCUUCAAAACACCUGGAUUUCAAGUCCGAAAGUAGCAUGGUCGAAACACCAACGAAGCGAAGCGGCGCAACAACCGCUGCAUCAAUUGCCAAUGAAUCCAAAUCACCACCUGCCACACCCAUACCAAAUUUGCAAGAAUUUUUCACCUCAGCCGCCAUGAGCACCAGCACACCACAGCCACCAGCACGACAGCAAACGCACAUGCGCACACGUGCCAGAAAGCGGGCGGAAUCGGUAGCAGCCGCAUUGGGUACACCAACUACAACAAAAGCCAAAGCAACAGUAACAACACCAACAAAUGAUACAUCAUUUAAGCAUAUUGAUUGGGAAAAUGAUAGUGUUAAUAAAAGCGCCGCUUCGCUCAAUGCCAGCAGAUUGUCAAAUUCAUCGUGUAAUAACAUAAUGAAAAUGGAAUUGAAUCCGACGCCGAAACAGCGUAUCGAGCGACUGCAUAUGUAUGGCAAACCGCCAAGUGUCUCGCCGAUUUGUAUGUCUAGCACAAACAAUUGUCGUAUAUCGGGAUUAAAAAGACGCACGAGCAGAGCCUCCAAGGGCGAGCGCAUUGACAGAGAGUAGUGCGUCGUGAGCAUUGCUUGCCGAUAUUGUUUAUCUUGUGAAACAGAGCAUGUGCUUAAUUAUCAAUAUGUGUAUCUUAACAAUAGUUGUUAGCAAUAUGUAAAUAUGUACGUAUGUAAAUUUA